AUGACCCCACCCACACUUUCGACAGCCGCACCAACGGCAGUAAUGGGAUCCACAACAAAGUACAUGUUGCCGUACCUGCACAACAGGAGACUUGACGAUCCUCUCCCAAAGUGCUGGAAGACAAACGAGCCUGGGCCACCAGCUGGACGAAUGGUGAAAGUGGACAAGAAUUGCAUUCACUUUAACGACAGAGACUCCUGUGACAUUUUCAUGGGCAAUAAAAGUCACCAACGUUUGCUUACCCUCGUGGAGCCAAAACGCAAGAUGUCGGUACACACCUUAGGCAACGAUGCCCCAGAAAUGGCGUUUGCAGUUCGUAGCAAAUAG